CCUGCGCAAGAUGUCCACGGCGGCCGCCGCGAGCUGCGCCUCGGAGCCCGAGGCCGAAGCCCAGGCUCAGCCCCAGGCUGAGGGAGCCGAGGAUGGAAUUAAGUCGGCCAGGACGAGGAGGAAGGUGUUGUCUCGGACUGUGGCCGACUCCGCGUCCAAGGUCCCGGGGCCCGGAUGGGAGCAGCAAGAGGAAGGCGAGAGCGACGCGGAUGCGGAUGGAGAGGAGGAGGAGGAUGAGGAUGAAGAAGAUGAGGAGCUCGCCGCGGCCUCGUCGGCCGACAGCUCCCCCGAGGACUACGAGUGGGAGUACGACGAGGAGGAGGAGAAGAACCAGCUGGAGAUCGAGCGUCUGGAGGAGCAGCUGUCUAUCAACGUCUAUGACUACAACUGUCACGUGGACCUGAUCAGGCUGCUGCGGCUCGAAGGGGAGCUCACCAAAGUGAGGGUGGCCCGCCAGAAGAUGAGCGAGAUCUUCCCCCUGACCGAAGAGCUCUGGCUGGAGUGGCUGCACGACGAGAUCAACAUGGCCGUGGACGGCCUGGACCGCGAGCACGUCAACGAGCUCUUCGAGAGAGCCGUGGAGGACUACAUCUGUCCUAAUAUCUGGCUGGAGUAUGGCCAGUACUCUGUUGGUGGGAUCGGUCAGAAAGGUGGCCUUGAGAAGGUUCGCUCUGUGUUUGAAAGGGCUCUGUCGUCCGUUGGCUUGCACAUGACCAAAGGCCUGCCCAUCUGGGAGGCUUACCGAGAGUUUGAAAGUGCCAUCGUGGAAGCUGCUCGGCUUGAGAAAGUCCACAGUCUCUUUCGGCGACAGCUGGCGAUCCCACUCUAUGAUAUGGAGGCCACCUUUGCAGAGUAUGAAGAAUGGUCGGAGGAGCCCAUCCCCGAGGCAGUGGUCCAGAGCUACCACAAGGCGUUGCAGCAGCUGGAGAAGUACAAGCCCUACGAGGAAGCCCUGCUGGGAGCCGAGGCCCCGCGGCUGGCCGAGUACCAAGCGUACAUCGACUUUGAGAUGAAGACUGGUGACCCCGCCCGCGUCCAGUUGAUUUUCGAGCGGGCGCUGGUCGAGAACUGCCUCGUCCCAGACUUGUGGAUCCGUUACAGUCAGUACCUAGACCGCCAGCUGAAAGUAAAGGACUUGGUUUUGUCUGUACACAGCCGAGCUGUUAGAAACUGCCCGUGGACAGUUGCCCUGUGGAGCCGGUACCUCUUGGCAAUGGAGAGACAUGGAGUUGAUCAUCAAACUAUUUCUGUGACCUUUGAGAAAGCUCUGAAUGCCGGUUUCAUCCAGGCCACUGAUUACGUGGAGAUCUGGCAGGCAUAUCUGGAUUAUCUGAGGAGAAGGGUUGACUUCAAACAAGACUCCAGUAAAGAGCUGGAAGAGUUGCGGUCCAUGUUUACACGAGCUCUGGAGUAUUUGCAACAGGAGGUCGAAGAGCGCUUUAGCGAGAGUGGAGAUCCUAGCUGCGUGAUCAUGCAGUACUGGGCUCGGAUUGAGGCUCGACUGUGCAAUAAUAUGCAGAAAGCCCGAGAACUCUGGGAUAGCAUCAUGACCAAAGGAAAUGCCAAGUACGCCAACAUGUGGCUCGAGUAUUACAACCUGGAAAGGGCGCAUGGCGACACUCAGCACUGCCGGAAAGCUCUGCAUCGGGCCGUCCAGUGUACCAGUGACUACCCUGAGCACGUCUGCGAAGUGUUGCUCACCAUGGAGAGGACAGAAGGUACACUGGAAGACUGGGAUGUGGCUGUUCAGAAAACGGAAGCCCGGUUAGCUCGUGUUCAUGAGCAGAGGAUGAAGGCUGCGGAGAAGGAAGCAGCUCUUGUGCAGCAGGAAGAAGAGAAGGCCGAACAGCGCAAGAGGGUGAGGGCCGAGAAGAAGGCUCUGAAAAAAAAGAAAAGGGCCAGAGGCGCUGACAAACACCCGGCAGAUGAAGAAGCGGACGGGAAAGAGUGGGGCGAGGAGGAAGAAGAGCAGCCUUCCAAGCGCAGGAGGGUGGAGAACAGCGCUGCUCCCGCAGGAGCCGCUCUGGCCGUGGAGGACGACACCGGGCUCGCUGGGAAAAGCGUAACUGUGGGUGUCGCCCCCCCCUCGAAGCAGAAGGAGAAGGCGGCCUCCCUGAAGCGGGACGUGCCCAAGGUGGCCCACGACAGCAGCAAGGACAGCCUCACCGUCUUUGUCAGCAACCUCCCCUACAGCAUGGGGGAGCCGGAGGCGAAGCUCAGGCCCCUCUUUGAGGCCUGCGGGGAGGUGGCAGAGAUCCGACCCAUCUUCAGUAACCGGGGGGACUUCCGAGGCUACUGCUAUGUGGAGUUUAAAGAGGAGAAGUCGGCUCUGCAGGCCCUGGAGCUGGACCGGAAGAGUGUGGAAGGGAGGCCGAUGUUUGUCUCCCCCUGUGUGGAUAAGAGCAAAAACCCUGAUUUUAAGGUGUUCAGGUACAGCACGUCCCUGGAGAAGCACAAGCUGUUCAUCUCGGGCCUGCCCUUCUCGUGCUCUAAAGAAGAGCUUGAGGACAUCUGCAAGGCCCACGGGACUGUGAAGGGCCUGAGACUGGUCACCAACCGGGCCGGCAAGCCCAAGGGCCUGGCCUACGUGGAGUACGAAAAUGAGGCCCAGGCGUCACAGGCGGUCAUGAAGAUGGAUGGUAUGACUAUCAGAGAGAACGUCAUCAAAGUGGCAAUCAGCAACCCCCCUCAGAGGAAAGUUCCGGAGAAACCAGAAGUGAAGAAAGUCCUUGGAGGCCCCAUGGUGCCACGGCAGAUGUAUGGAGCGCGCGGGAAGGGACGGACCCAGCUCUCUCUGCUGCCCCGGGCCCUGCAGCGCCCGAAUGCUGGCGCUCCUCAGGCCAAGAACGGCCCUGCCCUGAGCCCAGCAGUCGCCGCCUCCACAGCCACUGAGGCACCCAAGAUGUCUAAUGCCGACUUUGCUAAGUUGCUUCUGAGAAAGUGAACCGGACUCUUGAGAAGAUGGGAGAUGCCUUACUUAAUGCUGGCCAGGCAGACCACCUGCCACUCUACAGCCCCUGAGGACUGAAGGCCUGGGUGCACGCCUGGGCUCCCAGAGACUACUCUGUGUAGACAAAGCACGUUCCAAGUUCAGAGGAGAAAUAACUCCCUCACAUUGAGGGCAGGAGGAGGCCGACCACGCUAUAGGCUGGCCCAGGUGGCAACAAGAUGCUACUGCAUCUUGAAGACUGAGGGUGCGGGUUUUGAGACCUGUCUGUCUCACCACUUUUGCCACCUCUGGCCCUUUUUAUACACCUUCCUCACUCUGCACAAUACAUCUGUCCAGCACUCUUAAUUUUAAAAGAUGAAGUGGAGAUGCUAGUUGCGCACCAGAGUGGCCUAUUUUAGUAAAGGGAUGGAAUGGGAAAUUGGAGAAAAAGCAUUGAUGGCUUUUGUUCAGAGAGGUUGUAUGGUUUUCUAUUAUGUAUUGGAAGAAUGACUCAUCAACCAUUGUUUUCUGUUUCCUAAAAGCAGGAUAUUUGAGACAUUUGUUUCAUAUAGGAACUCAAUGUGCCACCUGCUAUGGGCUAUUUUCUUUGCCUAGUGACUAGUAAAUUGUGCCCUUUGUCAAAACACUGAAAUUCAGUCCUUUGGUUUUGUUAAAUGCCAUGCCCAGUGCAAAGUUCAACCCCUCCCCCCCAUUUAGCUUUAUUAAAGCAAACUUCUCUUACAAAUGUC